AUGUUUCCCCUAAUCCUGUUUCCUUCCUCUAUAAUUCUUUCAUCUAUUCAUCGCGUCAUUUCAAAUGAUACAAUUGAUCUACAAUUCCGACUGCAUUUCUGUCAGUUUUUCAUUCGUUCUUUCCGUCUAUUUGUCUUUCAUUCUUUCGUUCCACCUAUUUGUCUUUCUUUCGUUUGUUCCGUCUGUCUUUCUUUCGUUUGUUCCGUCUGUCUGUCUGUCUUUCGUUCGUUCCAUCUGUUUGUCUGUCUUUCGUUAGUUCGGUCUGUCUGCCAUUCUUUCGUUUGUUCCGUCUGUCUGUCUGUCUGUCUUUCUUUCUUUCGUUUGUUCCGUCUGUCUGUCUGUCUGUCUUUCGUUCGUUAUGUCUGCCUGUCUUUCUUUCAUUUGUUACGUCUGUCUUUCUUUCGUUCGUUACGUCUGUCUGUCUGUCUUUCUUUCAUUUGUUACGUCUGUCUUUCUUUCAUUCGUUACGUCGUCUGUCUGUCUUUCUUUCGUUCGUUCCAUCUGUCUGUCUUUCUUUCUUUCAUUCUUUACCACUGUCUUUCUUUCUUUCGCUCUGUCAAUCUUUCUCUCUUUCCUUCUUUCGUUCUAUCAAUCUUUCUCUCUUCCGUUCCUUCUUUCUUUCCUUUCCUACUCUCUUUCUUCCAUUCUUUCUGA